GUCUUAGGGCGGGAGGAGAUUAAAGCUGCUUCCCGAAGCUCACCCCAGCCCAUGUCACCCUCUGAUUUCCUGGACAAGCUUAUGGGACGAACGUCAAGGUAUGAUGCCCGGAUCCGACCCAACUUCAAAGGUCCACCUGUCAACGUGACGUGCAACAUCUUCAUCAACAGCUUCGGCUCCGUCACCGAGACCACCAUGGACUACCGGGUGAACGUCUUCCUGCGGCAGCAGUGGAACGACCCCCGCCUGGCUUACCGUGAGUACCCCGAUGACUCCCUCGACCUCGACCCCUCCAUGCUCGACUCUAUCUGGAAGCCAGACUUGUUCUUCGCCAAUGAGAAAGGGGCCAAUUUCCACGAGGUCACCACUGACAACAAGUUGCUGCGCAUCUUCAAGAAUGGCAAUGUGCUCUACAGCAUUAGGCUGACACUGAUCCUGUCCUGCCCCAUGGACCUCAAGAACUUCCCCAUGGACAUCCAGACUUGCACCAUGCAGCUGGAGAGCUUUGGCUACACCAUGAAUGACCUCAUCUUCAAGUGGCUGGAGGAGCAGGAGGCUGUGCAGGUGGCAGAGGGCUUGACGCUCCCACAGUUCAUCCUCAGGGAUGAGAAGGACCUGGGCUAUUGCACCAAGUACUACAACACAGGCAAGUUCACCUGUAUCGAGGUGAAGUUCCACCUGGAGAGGCAGAUGGGUUACUACCUGAUCCAGAUGUACAUCCCCAGCCUGCUCAUCGUCAUCCUUUCCUGGGUCUCCUUCUGGAUCAACAUGGAUGCGGCGCCAGCCCGGGUGGGCUUGGGCAUCACCACCGUGCUCACCAUGACCACGCAGAGUGCCGGCUCCCGUGCCUCCCUGCCCAAGGUCUCCUAUGUGAAGGCCAUCGACAUCUGGAUGGCCGUGUGCCUGCUCUUUGUCUUUGCCGCCUUGUUGGAGUAUGCAGCCGUCAACUUUGUCUCCCGCCAGCACAAGGAGUUCAUGCGCCUGCGCCGGCGCCAGCGGCCGCGAGAG